AUGUUGAGCUUUGUAGAGGUGGAGAAGUACCUGCGCAGUUUGCGUGAGUGCAUCGACAAAGUCCAGGAGGAAUCCACCGCUUCUGAAAAGUACCUCUUGGCAGCUAACGCUUUUUCGCAGAUACAGGAACAUAUUCCAACGUUGGCAACUCAUCAAUCGCUUUCGAGAUAUGUCGAGAAGCUCAUUGCGUUCCUGGCCCAUUCCCUAAUGGAAGACCCAGAGAACGAGCUCGAUGAGAAGCGGCAACUGUGCCAGUCCAUAUGCACGCAUCUGAUGAUGAAGGGAGAUGUCGAGACUCUCUCCAUGGACCAGUUUGGCUCGCACGUUCUGCAGAGCACUCUCCAGUGCGGCACGCUUUUUGAGCACCAGGGCCUCAAUCUAAGUGAACCGCUUCAGUAUUUUGCGGCAACUGUAGAGGACCGUUGCCUCUUCCGGAUGCUGCACCACCAGUCAGGUUCGCAUGUGUUGCGCAGCCUUAUAAAGGCCAUCGCAUGUGCUGUGCACGCAGAACCCUUCCGGAGCGCAAAAAGAAAACCCACAGAAAAGAUCGAAGUGUUGCUGCAUGCCAAGCAUGAAUUGGACGAGUGGCGUUUCGCACGACUGGAGCGUUGGGCAGACCUAUUCUGCAAGGAUCUGGGCGGUUCGUUUUCGACGAGCCAGUCGUCUUCCACUGUUUGCCUUGUGUUGAAGAUGUGCCAGAAGAGACCUGGCAGCAACGUGUCACACUUGUGCAACAAGGUUCUGGAGCACUGCUUUUUGCGUUGCACGGAGUCGAAAACUCUAAGUUUCGCUGCUCAAGAGUGUCUUGAGAUAUGCUCCAAUGAGGACUUUAAUCGCGUUUUCAAGACCAUGGUGGCCACGAGGGCGCAGGAGCUAUCGGAAAACCAGUUUGGCAACUACGUCAUCCAAUCCAUAAUUGGCCACCGUUAUUUUCAGACAAGCCAUCUGGAGGAAUUGUUGAACACGACUGACAUUGGCAACUUGCUCCUGAGUCCCUCCGCGGCGCUGAUCUGGCGGCUGUGUGAGGCUGCGGUUACUCUGGGAACGGGUCAAGCUCUGUUUGUGAAAAAGCUAAUGUCUACGUUGAACAUAUCUAGCUACACGGUCAAAGAUUCGAAAAAGAAGGGCUCCAAAGAUAAGAAUAGCAGGGCGAAAGAGGGGCAGCGGUCAGACGGCGCUCCAUCACCCGAUUCCCCUGACAAUGCGGAUGAGCGAUCCGUGGAAGAAACGCCAACUGACGACGGAUCGGAUAUGGACGCAAGCAAGGGUCAACUGUGGCUAGCGCUGACCUCUUGCAAGCCGCCGGAGAAAACUCGCAUCCACCUGCGUGCCACUGGGGCGUCCAUAUUGUUACAUAUGCUCAAGUUUGAGCGUAAGUUAAUCGUUAACGUACUCAGCGACUUCAAACACUUUCUCCGUAUCUUGAAAUCGAAUGCUCGCCUGGUCGAUUUCGCCACGGAUCGCCAUUAUUCACGGGUGCUCCAGUUAAUGCUAGACCGCCGUCAGGGUUUGCUGACUGAGAAGCAGGUGAAGAGGCUUUUCAAGUACCUGAAGCCCCACUUGUUCGACCUUGCCAUGGAUACCAACGGCGCUUUCGUGCUUUCCAGCCUCUUCCAGGCGUCACCAUUGCAGCUCAGGCGAUCCCUUUUAACGGAGCUUGCGCCGCAUAGCAAGGAAAUCAUGAAUAGAAACAAGAAGUUCGCCGGCAUCAUACACCUAGAUUCAUUCUGCAAGAGCGAGUCCGUGUGGACCAAGCAGCAGAAGCCGGGCGAAUCCGUCCGUACCCUCUUCAAGGACAUUAUAAAUCCGGAGUCGUAA